CUAGACUAGACGUGCGCAUCUAAGAGUUUAUUAGUGUGCGCAUACCAGACGUUACCUUCUGCCUUGGCUUCAUUUCAUCUUCUAUUUUAAUUUUUCAAAGACAACGACGCUAUUUCAGAUCCUUAAAUAAUUUACUACUCAACAUGUCUAAAGCACAUCCUCCAGAAUUAAAGAAAUUCAUGGACAAGAAGUUGUCUCUUAAGUUGAAUGCUGGUCGAGCAGUAACCGGUGUUUUGCGUGGAUUCGAUCCUUUCAUGAAUUUAGUGCUUGACGAAUCCGUAGAGGAAUGUAAGGAUGGCCAGCGCAAUAAUGUCGGCAUGGUGGUUAUAAGAGGCAGCAGUAUCAUCAUGUUAGAGUCGUUAGAUAGAAUAUAGUUAACACUACAACUUUAGGUUAAGGAGUAUUGCAGUGUUUGUUCAAAUAUAAGCUAAUAAACUCUGAUUUAAUUAUUUAAUGUAUGAGGAAUAAAUGGUAAUGCUGUA